CCAGCGACGUGUGAAUAGGGGUGGUCCUGAACUGUAAAGAGGGGAAGGCCUUAGUCAAUCUAUUUAUUUUUUCUUUUCUCGUACCCUCCCACGUAUUUAACAUCGCUGUAAUUGUAUUCUAUCUGUGCUGGCGGACAGCUGGCGAUUUUUCUAAGCUUUUUGGUGUCGAUUGAAACACCGGGGCGCCCCCGUCUUUUCGUUUGUCGAUCGUAACGUCCGAACGUCCAGCUGAUUGCUUUGAGUGCCGUUCAGUUAUUCCAGUUCAAACUGAGCCGUUUUGUUUCACUUAACGGAAGGCUUUUUGUGGCCGAAACGGGCCGAGUUCGCCACCCCUUUUUUCGCCGACUUGUGGACUUUAACAUAAAGAGGACAUUUAUCUUUUUUUCUGUCUAACUUGAGUGUCGGAUCGUUUUUCUCACUGAACGACCAGGCCCCGGUCUCAUCCCCAGCCUCGCGUUUCCAUAUCGGCUUUUUUUUUGUUGGAAGUCAUGGGAGACACCAGUGAACGAAGCAAACCUCCGAGUCUACCUCCCCGGUGUCCCUGUGGAUUUUGGGGGUCCAGUAAAACCAUGAACCUCUGUUCCAAAUGUUUUGCUGUCUGGCUCGGGAUGAUGGGUUGAGGGUGCACUGCAGCCCUGUCGGUGGCCAUGGCAACCAACAUCCAGAAGAAGCAGCCAGGGGAGGACUGCACCUCCAAGCCUAUCCAAAGCACUGGGAGUAGCCAAUCACCAGUUUUCAGUAGCGAGACGAGCAGUAGCAGUAGCCAAUCCCUAUUGUCGUCGCCGCCCUCCAGCUCCGAGCAGCCGUCAACCGAAGAGCCCUCGCCCACGUUUCCCAGCACGAGGGAAGGCGUGUCGUCCACAGAAACAGCCCAAGGCACACUCUGCACACCCACAAAACGUCCACGAGAAUCAGCCUCGGGCUCAGAGAGCGAGGCGACGCCAGAGAAACGGCCUCGGACAGACGAGAAAGAGGGGAGCAGCGAGGAGGCCCGCGGGACGCCCAAGCAGAAGAACCGUCGGCGCUGCUAUCGCUGCCAAACCAAACUAGAGCUGGUGCAGCAGGAACUGGGCUCCUGCCGCUGUGGCUAUGUAUUCUGCAUGCUCCACCGUCUACCCGAGCAGCACGACUGUCUGUUCGACCAUCUGGGCCGCGGGCGCGAGGAGGCCGUCCUCAAGAUGGUGAAGCUGGACCGCAAGGUGGGCCGCUCGUGCCAACGCAUCGGGGAGGAGUGCUCCUGAUUGGCCACACCGUGACCAGCCAUCCAGUUAGAGAUGAGGCGCUUACAAAGAGGAGGAGGAGGAGGAGGAGGAGAAGGUGGAAGGAGAGCAAGGAGGAAUGACAAAUGGGGUGAUGGGUGGGAGGGGGAGGGAGGGAGGGGUGGGAGGGAAGAAGAGGAGGGGAGGGAACACGGUCGUAACAUCCUGCAUCUGACCCGACGAUUCUGGAUCUGAGCUUGACGCCGCCCUGUUGCCGUCCUGUUUGGAGCGUCUGUUUGGACUCGGCUCUGGACGAGGCAGCUCGGGGCCAACAGGGGGCCUGGUGGCUGUUCUGCGGAGCCACAUUCAGUAUCGCAUGUUCACACACACAGCCUUAACCCCCACCCCCCCGUCUUCAGAGGAAGGACGCCGCAGAGAUGGAUCCAGUCAGUCGUACAUCAUGCACAGCUCCGCUGUUUCUCGCCAUGGUUUCCUCCUCUUUGCUCAUGCUCCUUUUUUCAGUACAGGAAGUAACGGAAGUUGAACUGUUGUAGCGUUCGGCUGAACUGAUUCGUUUGGAUUCUCAUUCAACAGAGUUAUUGUUUGUUUUUUUUCCAUUUCUUGGUCGCGGGAGCGGGGUCCAGCUCUAUCCCACGACCAGUCCUCAGGUCGUCAUCAAGGGGUUGGAGUAUCAAACCUGUAACCCCGCCUUCCUCUUCUUCUUCUUCUUCUUUUUUUCUUCCACCAACGUUAAGGUCCAUGCGCAGCAUCAACGGCCGUGUUCUGCUCGUGCAUGGUACCAGCAACAGUGUAUUUGUGCAGGUUUGAGUGUGUCAUUUGGUAAUGUGAGGCAGUCCAAGGAUGCUGUCAUGGUUUGAUUAUUAUUUUUUUCAGUUUUUUUUUUUCUCGUGUGGCCGUCAUGGUGAUUAGCUCGUUUUUACUGCUUAACCACGGUGUCGUGGAGGACAAUACAGCCAAUCCCUGCCUCUGCUCACAUGGACUGUUGACAAAAAGAAAAAUACAAAUAAAUAUGAAAAAAAAUACAACAAAAAUCACACUAAUGGACAAGAGUAACUCAGAUAAAUCCUCUGUGUAGCAGAUCCUCUUCUCCCUCUUUCCCUCCCCUCUUUUACUGAGUGGUACUGUUGUUCUUGAUACAUAAAGGGGAAUACGACUGAAUUUUUGUAUUCAAAUGAAGAGUUCUUCGCCAAAAUGUUGUUGAGAAAAACAAAUAAUCCGAAGUUCAUCACGGAUUGUCUCGACAGUUGUAGAUGAUCAGUUAAAAGUGCUAAACUGAAUGCAUAAAUUACUUACCACCCUCUAAACAGUUCUAUAAUUUAUUUCUUAUUUUGUGUUUUGUGGGUAGGAUUAGGUGUCAUUUAAUUUUCAGAAACAUAAUUCUUUAAUACAAAUGAAAGAGACAGAGAUGGUUUUGUCCCACAGUUUAAAUCAGUGAUGUCAGCUGAAUGUUGGUUUUAAGGUUGAGAAAUGAACCAAAUGCUGGUAAACUUGGAGACAUUAUGUGCCCGAGGAAAAAACAGAGACGUAUUGGUAAGUUUUGAAUAUGGCUGGACUCUUAACUCACCACUUCAGCAAAGUAACUAAUCAUGAUUGGUUCUCUUCACUUCAGUUUAGCUAUCAAUGAACCUUAUUCAGGUGGAUUUAGGCGUAAGAUCAAAUGUGACCUUAAGACUCCCGGCGGUCCAUUGUGCAUGUUCUUCUUUGAUUCUUAUUUUCCUGUCGGACCCAGUCGAGGUUGCACAUCUGUUGACAUCACAGAUUCAAACUGUCGCUCUGCUCUCCGGCGUCUAAUGAUUCCUCAGCUGGUUUUGGCAGAAAUAACAUGUGAAUCCUCAAAUUGAGUGGUUUUCCCUUUCCUCAUAUGUUUUAGUUUCGUCAUUGUUUGUCAUUGUUUCUAAACUCCUCGCUCUCAAUCAGCCUACACAGUCUGACUGCUUGGACUCUGUGCUGUGCAUAUUGUUCAGUUACACACCUCUUCCCUCUUAUCCUUAAAAAGGGCUAUUCUACCAAAAUCAACCUUUUUGUUUGUGACUUUGCAGAAGCUGACAUUUUCUUCCUCAAAUAAAAGUUUUUGUUAGUUUACUUUGGAAUUUGGUAAACAUUUUUGGUGCAUUAAAAGUAUAAACUGCAGUUACUUUAAUACAGGUGCGGGACUCUCCAUUAAAUGUACUUUGCAGCAUUGCAGGAAGUGCAAUAUGAUGUUGGAUUGUGUAUAACUGAUUUUUUUUUAUUUGGAGAACUCAGAAAUAUGAAGCAGUAGAUUUCCUCGAAUGGCAGGAAAAACAGAAAAUGUCUUUCUUUUUUUCUUUUUUUUGCAAAAUAACUAUGAAAAUGUUGAUUCAGGUGGACAGCCCUUAUAACCAGACACCACUUAACUAUGCUAAUCCUCAUGCACAAGUUAUUGUUUCCUCUCCCCCUCACCUCUCACCACCCCUUCUCGUCUUCUCCAAUGAGAACACAGCGAAGGAUAAAGGGAGUCUGGAGAAAUGUCAUGGCUGGUUCUUAUUUUGAUAUUUGAAUAUUUGAAAAACUUGUUCCUUUUUUGAGUGCUAAUGAGAAAUGGAAGAAAUGGAAUAUCUUUCUGUACCUUUUAAAGAAAAAAAUUAUUUAACCUUAUAUCAGUUUGAGUUACUUACACCCUAGCAUAGAGUGGCAUAUUUAGUUAAAUGUAUAAAAAAAAGCAAGAACAUAAUUCUGUCCUAUUUUCUCCUUUAAUUUUAUCGUGUUCCAUUUUCUGCUGAGGAAAAUAAACUGGAUUAGAGGAUGUGGUGUGUGUUAACGUGUCUGUUUCUGUUUCCCAUGUUAACAUUUGUUUGAAAGUAAAAAAAUAAACCAUGAACAGAA